CACCGCGUUUAAAGCUCGGGCUCCAGUCGGAAGUCAUCAAGAACACUGGGAACACAAAGUGAUUUAAAGACGUGGUGGAAAUGGAAAACUAAUAAUUGGUGGCGUAUUGAGGAAUAAAUUAUUUUAAAGAAAAGAAGACUUAACACAAACGCGCUUCAGGCUUCUCUACAGCAAUCUCCACUGUACAAAUAUGGACUUGGAGGAACAAGAUGUGCCUUUAGUGAUCGAGAGAAAAUCAAAGGAUAAUAGUCAAGAUGAAGAACAGGAAGGGGGUUGGAAGAUAAUGGAAAGCAUACAAGAGUCAAACAGCAAUGUGCAAAAACCAAUCAAGCAAGAAGGCUUCCUGCUGAAGAGGAGAAAAAGGCCAAUGAAAGGUUGGCACAAGAGAUAUUUUCUUUUGGAAAGGGGGAUCCUAAUGUAUGGCAAAACAUUAGCUGAUCUGAAGAAGGGGAAAGUCCGCGGCUGCAUUGACAUUGGCCUCUCUGUUAUGUCCAUCAAGAAAAAAAACAUGUGUAUUGAUCUGGAUGCAGAGGACAGCAUUUACCAUCUGAAGGUGAAGUCACUGGAUCAGUUUGAUAAAUGGGUAUCACAACUACGAAAUCACCGCAUAUUCCGUCAGAAUGAGAUAGUAAUGGAUUCUCAAGAGCACCAUCUACACUCAGACACUUCUUCACUCAGAAGGCAAGCUGUUCUCUCGAAACAAUCUUCUGCUUUUAAGAACAGUUGGCUACAGAGCUCAGAAGACAUGAAGAAAUGCUGUAGGGAUCUAUCAGAGUGUGAAUCAUCUCUGCUAGAACUAAAUCUGCUAUUGAAGAAUAUGCAAGUAUUGCAUCGAACAUUCUCUGCCCCUGCUGUAACCACAUUGCAGACUGAAGGUAUAAGAAAAGAAAGAAAAAAAGGUAGAAGAAGAUGGAGGUCCAAGCAUUAUAGGAAGAACAGCAAAAAUACUUCAUUGGUUUCUGGCUCAACUACAUCUGCACAUCUGUAUCUUUCAAACCCAAACCUGACAUAUUCUCAGCCAGAGUUAGACACACCAGACUCACUUAUUGAUGCCUCACAGUUACAGGAGGACUUCUGCAAGUUGGCUGGUACUGUGUGUGCCACCUUGAAAUCUACAUAUAGUUCUCUGUGUACAGAGAGAGACAGAGUUCGAUGCACAUUGGAAUUAAACAGCUGUCCCAAUAUGGACAUGAGUGAUGGACCCCAGUGCAUCCUGCAGCAGGUGUCAAAUGAAAUGCGAGGCUCAAUUCCAGAGUCACUGUCGGAGUUUUUUGAUGCAAAAGAGUACCUGGUUUCUUCCAGCUCUUCUGAGGCCUCAGAUAAUGACUCCUGCUUAAGUGAUGUGAGUGAUAAUGAAUCAGUGGAACUUUGCAGUAGUGAUGCAGGGAUUAUAAAGCACAACACAGAUGGAAGCUUGGUACACCGGCGCUUAAGGCUACCAAGUGCAUGUGUCAGUGGGGGUGUGAAUCUGUGGAGCAUACUCUCUGCCAACAUUGGAAAGGACCUCUCCAAGGUGGCCAUGCCAGUGCAGCUCAAUGAGCCAGUGAACACCCUGCAGAGACUAUGUGAGGAGAUGGAGUACUGCCACCUGCUGGACACAGCUGCGCAAACACAGGAUCCACAUAUGCGCAUGGUAUAUAUUGCAGCAUUUGCAGUGUCCAUGUAUGCAUGUACGUUUACCAGAGCAGGAAAAAAACCCUUUAACCCUGUCCUGGGUGAGACAUAUGAAUGUGAGCAUCCAGACAAGGGCUUUCGCUUCAUCUCGGAGCAGGUAAGCCACCACCCUCCUGUGUCUGCAUGCCACUGUGAAUCUAAAAACUUCACACUAUGGCAGGAUGUUCGCUGGAGGAACAAAUUUUGGGGCAAGUCUAUGGAGAUUGUCCCAAUGGGAACCACCCAUAUUGUUUUGCCAUGUUUUGGGGAUCAUUAUGAGAUGAAUAGGGUCACCUCCUGUAUCCAUAACAUCUUAAGUGGUCAGCGCUGGAUUGAGCACUAUGGUGAGAUGACCAUCAAAAACAACGCAACUGCUGAAGACACCAUCAUAUGCAAAGUUACCUUCCUUAAGUCCAAGGCUAGAAGCUUAAACACUAAUGAUGUAGAGGCAGUUGUUACUGAUUCGGAGGGCCAUGUGAUUCAUUCACUCUUUGGUAAAUGGAAUGAGGCUUUGUACCUUGGGGACCCACCCUUAGCCAUCUGCAUCUGGAGAACCAACCCCAUGCCUGAAGACUAUGAGCAAUACUACGGCUUCACUCAGUUUACUGUUGAAUUGAAUGAACUUAAUGAGAGUAUGAAGUCAUUCUUGCCUCCAACAGAUACACGUUUCAGACCAGACCAGCGGUUGUUGGAGGAAGGAGAUAUUGCUGGAGCAGAAGAACAGAAAGAAAGAAUAGAGUCAGUACAGAGGGAGAGAAGAAGAAUUCUUCAGGAGAGCAACAUGACUCACACACCCCGAUUUUUCAAGUGGUCUGAAGAUGAUUCGUGGAUCAGCAAUGGCACAUACUGGCAGUUGAGGGAAGACCCCGGUUUCAGGAAUUUGGAGUUCCCUGUGCUCUGGUGACCAACGGGGACUUUCCUAUUGCGAUUAUGCUUUUAUUUCCUAUGACCAAAUACAGAAUAUUUUAUUUGCGUCACAAAGCUGACAUUCGUUACCAGACUUGAUUGGCGGUUGGAUGAUGAUACAGUGAUGGCAUACAUGCAUUAAUAUAAUUUAUAAAGUUGCUGUUAAAUAAGAUCCCAUUUUUUGGUGCAAUCAGUAGUGUGGUUCAUUGAUGGGGAAAAUUGCUGCAGGAUGAUUUCAGUGAAAAAAACUACCACAAUAUGACACAUUUUCAUAAUAAUGUGAUGUAAUUCACAAUUAAUUUACUAAUUAAAAAAACUUUUUACAGUU